ACCUCAGUCGUCAAUCCAACCUUCGACAUCAUCUCCCCGUAGUAUCUUUCUCAACAAACUCAAGUUCAUUCUAUCCACACAUCAAGCAACCUUUCUUUCUCUUGAUUCAUCAGUUUCUUGUCACCUAGUUUGAUCCUUCAACAUGUCGUCUAUGGACAUUGACCAGCCUCUCGAAGACAUCAUAAAAGCCAAAGGUCGUACCAAGAAAGGCAAGACUGGUGGUAAACUUCAAUCUCGUGGGAAUGUUCAACCUCGAGCUCGUCAUCCCGCACCCGCAAAAGCGACUCCUGUCCCAAAGGCGAGACCUGUGGGUGCGGAGGCAUCAAAGAUUAUCAUCAGCAACUUGCCCGGUGAUGUCAACGAAGCUGCUGUCAGGGAUCUGAUGCAAUCCACGGUGGGACCGGUCAAAAGUGUUCAGUUGCAUUACACCUCUGCGGGUAAAAGUACUGGUGUUGCCACCGUCCUCUUCCGUAACAAGGGCGAUGGAAACAAGGCUCACGCUGCAUACCACAACAGAAUGGUCGAUAAUCAACGCCCAAUGAAAGUCGAACUCGCUUUCGACCCGAGUCAACUUCAAUCGCUGGCUAGUCGAGUGGCUCCUGCCCCCGCUCCGCGUAACGCUCCACGCAACUCGGGUUCUUCUCGCCCAAGUGGACGUGGUCGUCCUCGCCAGACCCGACCUGCUAGGAAGACCGCAGACGAAUUGGACGCCGAGAUGAGCGCUUAUAAGGAAAACAACGCUGCUUAGGGGGUUGGUAGCAGAAAUGUGGUAUAGUAUGUGAGGACGUCGUCGAUCGUUUGCCAAAUACCCAGACGUUUAAACCUUAUGUUCAUGCAAGUCGUUGUCGGUUCGUCU